AUAGAAAACCAGCAUCAUCACCACCAACUCUUUCGUUCCUUGCCCCGCGCCCGCGCUGUUUAAUACUGCUUCUUCUUCUUCUCCUUCUGUUUUCAUCUUCUUCUAUUUUCUUCGCUAGACAACCUUGUGCGCGCAAACCGUCAACCACUCGCUGCCGAACCCCCUCGACCACAGCCCACCUACUACAACUACCACUGCCCCUCGUCGCGUCGGCAAAGCCAAAAAGAACAGAAACUACGAAGCGAGCAGCGUCUAACUCUACGCCCGUCACUGCUUUUAUAGAUUAGCACCACCCUCUGCGCUGGCCGCCCUCUAAUACACACACCACCGCCUCCCGAAACCAUCUACUCGACUGCCGCAGCACCAACAACCACAAUGGCUGCCGUCACAACAUCGAUCCAGGACCGAACGUCCGAGUUCAAGUCGGUGCUCGCCCAGGCACAGCGCCGGCAAAACGCCAGCAAGGUCGGCGCGCAGAGACGCUCACUGCUGACGGAUGCGCAAAAGGCCAACGCCAACGGCGAUGCGCAACCCGCGCGACGCUCCGACUUUGCUCGCAACGCGGCCGAGAUUGGACGCGGCAUCUCGGCAACCAUGGGCAAGCUCGAGAAGCUUGCGCAGCUGGCCAAGCGCCGCACGCUAUUUGACGACCGGCCCGUCGAGAUCAACGAGCUCACCUUUGUCAUCAAGCAGGACCUGUCGUCGCUCAACCAGCAGAUUGGCGCGCUGUCCACCAUGACCAAGCAGCAGCACCCCAAGGCCGACCAGGAGGGCGAGCACAACAAGAACGUCGUGUACCUGCUGCAAGGCAAGCUCACAGACGUGUCUGUCAACUUCAAGGACGUGCUCGAGGCGCGCACCAAGAACAUCCAGGCCUCGCGCUCGCGCACCGAAAACUUCAUCUCGUCCGUGUCGCAGCACGCUCAGCCCAGCAUGCAGCAAUCGUCGUCGCCGCUGUACGGCACACCUAACCGCGCAUCGCCUGCGCCCGCAAACGACACCCUCUCGCUGCAACCUGUCGGCGAGCAGCAGCUCCUCAUGAUGGAGGAGGCCCAGCCGCAAAACUCGUACAUUCAGCAGCGUGGCGAGGCCAUCGAGGCCAUUGAAAAGACCAUUGGCGAACUCGGCAGCAUCUUUGGCCAGCUGGCCACCAUGGUCUCUGAGCAGAGCGACAUGAUUCAGCGCAUUGAUGCCAACACCGAGGAUGUCGUCGACAAUGUCGAGGGCGCCCAGCGCGAGCUGCUCAAGUACUGGUCCCGCGUGUCGAGUAACCGCUGGCUGAUUGCCAAGCUCUUUGGCGUGCUCAUGAUUUUCUUCCUUCUAUGGGUCCUGGUAUCAGGAUAAACCAACUUUUAGUACUAAUAACCGGACGAAAAUUUAUUCUUUUAUUUUCUUGGGGGAUGCACGCCUCUGUUUCGAUAUGAACGUCACUGCCCGUUUUGGGUGUACUGCACGCUUGACGCCGCGUCUAGCUCUUUUUUUCAUUUGUUCGUUUUUUUGUAUUCGGCAUUACAUAUAUAUGUGUUCAUGCGCCUUGUACGGUGCCAGGAGUUGGCGGGUCUAGAAUUAAUGGCAUAUCUUUUUUUUUCUUAUUAUUGCAGACA